AUGAUGCAAGCCAAGAAGAAGAAGUAUGACGUCAUCGGACUGAACAAGAAAAGACGACGUCACCCACAGAACACCGUUUAUGAAACUGGAGAAGAACUGUUCCUGGGAAAAUGCGACAGUAGAGCUGUUGGUGGAGUUGGCGUCCUCAUCAACACAAGUAUGGCAAAGAACAUCGACUCUUUCGAACAACAUACGACCCGAAUCGGACGUCUACGGAUGAGAAGAUGUGGUCCAACACCAGCUUUGACUAUCUUCGUUGCUUACGCUCCAACAUCAAGCUACGAAGAAGAAGUCGAAGCUUUCUAUAUAGACCUGGAGAAGUUCUACUGA